AGAAGAUGGUGAAGAGGAGUCUAAAGGCCCAGAUUCUGAAAGUGAUGAGGUUUUAGAUUUAUCCAAGAUCACAAAGACGAGGCUUAUUCCUUCAGAUGCUGGCCAAUAUAUUCUCCGUGUGUGCCAAGCUGAAUCCUGAUCCUAUUGAAGGUGGGUCUCUCUACACGGUCCUUUUCGUCUCUCCGUCGGCUGCCUCUUUGAUUUCUGCCGUCACCUGCUCGGAAGUCUUGCUUGAAGAUGAAGAGGGAGAAGGUUGGGUUUUCAGUGUUGAUCAGAUGGUAGAUGAGGCUAGAGUGCACUCUAUUGGUCAGUCAAAUGGCAAUCAUGACCUUGCUCAUUCAGUGCUUCAGCUAGAUUUCAAUUGCACAAACAACCAAGCUGAAUAUGAGGCAUUGAUUAUUGGGUUGAAAGUGUUGGUAGAGCUCAAGCUCUUGGAGGAAUUUGAUGAUGUAAUCUUGAGGCAUGUUACUCGAGAUUUGAAAACAGAAGCAAAUGAGAUGGCACAAAUUGCCUCAGGCUUAAAAAGCCCAGAAGGCGUACUGAGCAGAAUUGUUGUUGUGGAAAAACGAAUUCUGCCAUCUAUUCAUAUGCAUGAUGAGUACUGCCAGAUUAUGUCAGAUGUGCAUAAUGGAAUCUGUGGUGCACACCAAGUUGGAAUUAAGAUGAGAUGGCUAAUUCGUAGACAUGGAUUCUUUUGGCCAUCGAUCUUGAAAGAUUGCAUCAGCUAUGCUAAAGGUUGCAAAGCCUGCCAGAUUCAUGGACCACUGCAGAGAGUUCCAGCAUCAGAACUCCAUCCAAUCGUCAAACCGUGGCCAUUUUGAGGGUGGGCCAUAGAUUUGAUUGGUAAAGUUUAUCCCCCUUCAACUAGAGGGCAUUUCUUUAUUAUUGUUGCCACAGAUUACUUUACCAAGUGGGUGGAAGCAAAGCCAAUGAAGAAGGUUGAUCAGACCAAUAUUAUUAAAUUUCUUAAGGAAGAAAUCAUUCACAGAUUCGGUUUACCAGAAACAGUGACUUCAGAUUAGGGGACAGUUUUUGUUAGUGCACAAGUUGAAGCAUUUGCAAAAGAAAUGGGAUUUAGGUUA